AGAAGGCCGAACGCCGCAUAGAUCGCGGUAAUCUUCAUUUUCGACAACUUGGAGUCGCAUCUCCGGCAAGAAAUAAGAAAGAUGAUGAAGUCCGCGCUGGUGUUCUGUUUGAUCAUCGCUUUCGUCGUCGCUGGACCACCACUCCCUCAGCCAGGAGACUCCGAGGAAUCCCUGUCUCCUCAAUGUCGAACCCCAAAAUGUCCAGCUACAAAAACUGACGGCGAUACCCCGGUCACUUUGCCUUAUCCACUGGACUGCUUGCAGUACAUCAUAUGCGAGGAAUCUGGUCCUCGCACUGUCGCGUGUCCGGGAGAUUUAGUCUUCAAUAAGAAUACCGGCAAGUGCGACACCCGGCAAAAUGCAAACUGUGUACCUUGUUGGCAGCAGCCAGCUUGAGCGUUUAUUAAUUGUACAUUUACAUUGUGAAAAAUAUCUUUACUUUUCCUAAACUACUAACGUUUUAUAAUGUAUCUCGAAUAUUUUUUACUAAUAGAAAGUAACUAAUAUAAUACAAACUAUUAUUGUAGUAUAAGAUGCAGAGUAAAAUUUAAUUUUAUGUUGUUAUACGAAUGGAUAAAAUGCAAGGUGAGAAGAAAUAUUACAACUUCCAGCUAGGCGAAAAUUGGAUUCGAAACGAUAUUGACCACAAACUAAAACUAGAAAGAGAGAACAAGCCAGAAAA